UCGGUUUGAAACGAGGCGACAGUAGGAACUAAAAGCUGAUAUUUUGCAGUCCUGAACCGACAACGGUCCUCUAAAAACAACUUCAGCAGUAGCAGCCAGUCUUCUCGUGGUUUGGAGGCCGACGCCCAUCUCACUACCUAGAAGCCAUGGCAGAUGAAGCGGACAUGCGCAAUGAGCUGGAAAACCUGCAGGCGAAGGCAGAUCAGAUAGCCGAUGAGUCGCUGGAGAGCACUCGACGUAUGCUGGCCAUGGUGGAGGAGAGUAAAGAUGCUGGUAUCAGGACUCUGGUUAUGCUGGAUGAGCAGGGAGAGCAACUGGAGCGGAUCGAGGAGGGGAUGGACCAGAUCAAUAAGGACAUGAAGGAUGCAGAAAAGAAUUUGAACAAUCUAGGGUCUCUCUGUGGUCUUUGUUCGUGUCCCUGUAACAAGAUAAAGGGGGGAGGGCAGGCGUGGGGGGCCAACCAGGAUGGAGUGGUUAACAGUCAGCCAGGAGCCCGUGUGGUGGACGAACGUGAACAGAUGGCCAUCAGUGGAGGGUUCAUCCGCAGGGUAACUGAAGACGCCCGGGAGAAUGAGAUGGAUGAGAACCUGGAGCAGGUGGGCGGUAUCAUCGGUAACCUGCGUCACAUGGCCCUGGACAUGGGCAACGAGAUAGACACCCAGAACCGGCAGAUCGACAGGAUCAUGGACAAGGCUGAUUCCAACAAGACCAGGAUUGACGAGGCCAACCAGCGUGCCACAAAGAUGUUGGGCUAAGCUGCAGCGACAACAUGCUUUUAACACCCCCCCCCUUCUAUCUUCUAUCUUUGGCUUUUAUUAAAAUGAUAGUCCUGGUUAGUCAUCUCGUCCUCUCUAUCAUCUCUGUCUCUCUAGUUGUCCCUCUACCUUCCAUUCUGUCUCUCCUCCUAGUUGUCCCUCUACCCUCCAUUCUGUCUCUCCUCCUAGUUGUCCCUCUACCCUCCAUUCUGUCUCUCCUCCUAGUUGUUCCUCUACCCUCCAUUCUGUCUCUCCUCCUAGUUGUUCCUCUACCCUCCAUUCUGUCUCUCCUCCUAGUUGUCCCUCUACCCUCCAUUCUGUCUCUCCUCCUAGUUGUUCCUCUACCCUCCAUUCUGUCUCUCCUCCUAGUUGUCCCUCUACCCUCCAUUCUGUCUCUCCUCCUAGUUGUCCCUCUACCCUCCAUUCUGUCUCUCCUCCUAGUUGUCCCUCUACCCUCCAUUCUGUCUCUCCUCCUAGUUGUUCCUCUACCCUCCAUUCUGUCUCUCCUCCUAGUUGUUCCUCUACCCUCCAUUCUGUCUCUCCUCCUAGUUGUCCCUCUACCCUCCAUUCUGUCUCUCCUCCUAGUUGUCCCUCUACCCUCCAUUCUGUCUCUCCUCCUAGUUGUCCCUCUACCCUCCAUUCUGUCUCUCCUCCUAGUUGUUCCUCUACCCUCCAUUCUGUCUCUCCUCCUAGUUGUCCCUCUACUUCCCAUUCUGUCUCUCCUCCUAGUUGUUCCUCUACCCUCCAUUCUGUCUCUCCUCCUAGUUGUUCCUCUACCCUCCAUUCUGUCUCCUCCUAGUUGUCCCUCUACUUCCCAUUCUGUCUCUCCUCCUAGUUGUUCAUCUACUUCCCAUUCUGUCUCUCCUCCUAGUUGUUCCUCUACCCUCCAUUCUGUCUCCUCCUAGUUGUCCCUCUACUUCCCAUUCUGUCUCUCCUCCUAGUUGUUCAUCUACUUCCCAUUCUGUCUCUCCUCCUAGUUGUUCCUCUACCCUCCAUUCUGUCUCCUCCUAGUUGUCCCUCUACUUCCCAUUCUGUCUCUCCUCCUAGUUGUUCCUCUACCCUCCAUUCUGUCUCUCCUCCUAGUUGUUCCUCUACUUCCCAUUCUGUCUCUCCUCCUAGUUGUCCCUCUACUUCCCAUUCUGUCUCUCCUCCUAGUUGUUCCUCUACCCUCCAUUCUGUCUCCUCCUAGUUGUCCCUCUACUUCCCAUUCUGUCUCUCCUCCUAGUUGUUCCUCUACCCUCCAUUCUGUCUCUCCUCCUAGUUGUCCCUCUAAUUCCCAUUCUGUCUCUCCUCCUAGUUGUUCAUCUACUUCCCAUUCUGUCUCUCCUCCUAGUUGUUCCUCUACCCUCCAUUCUGUCUCUCCUCCUAGUUGUCCCUCUACUUCCCAUUCUGUCUCUCCUCCUAGUUGUUCCUCUACCCUCCAUUCUGUCUUUCCUCCUAAAGUAUACAGUGCUUCUUAGAUGGCUUUAGCUCACCUGUGCAGUUCUCUGUUUCCGUCUUGCUCAUCUUCUUUUAUAUAAACUGUAUUUACAUCAUUACUCAGAUACCACGACUACUAUUGCUUUACGUGAGCAGGACAAUGCUCCACUACUUGCUGUUUCUGCCAUGUGUUAGUGGUGUGACAGUGUUGUCCACGUGAGACACUCUGUAGUUAAUGUUGUUGUUUUUGAUGCUAAACGAAAGUAAAACAAACAUACAAGUCAGAAGUCCCUUAUCCAAAAACACUGUCAUCUUCCUCCCAGACACUCCCAUAAGGUACCAUGUGCAACUGUGCUGGGAACAUAACCAGUGAUACACCUCAUUUUUCAGCCAGGCUCACACCUGCAAUGCAACGUUACUUUGCAUUAUCAUUGACCUGUGAUUAGCAGUAAUGGUCAUUUCUAAAGUCACGUGAGCCCACAUGUCCCAUGUGGGGAAUUGAACCCACAACCUAGGGUUUAGCAGCCCCAUGCUCAAACCAACUCAUAUCAACUCAUUGAUGGUUGGCUCAUCAACCUCUGGUUAUGUCCGGCUCAACCGCUCAGCGGUCUUACUCCCUUUGAUGUACUGUAGCCCUGUGUGUGUCCCGCAGCAGAUAGAACAUCAUCAUCAUCUAGAACAAGUAACAUGGCCACCGCAGCAUACCCAGCAGUGUGUAGGACACUCCCAGCUGAGAGGAUAACCUGCUUCCCGCCACUCUGCAAUAGUGCCACUCUUUUGUUCACACAUUUCCAGACUGUGAUCAUUGUAAAAUAAUGUGGGGAAAAAUGCCAAUAAAAAAACAUGACUGUAGAACAACA